AUGCAUCUUUCAGUCAAGUCAGCGGCUGCUGCCUUGGUCAGCCUUCAUCUCGGAGUUACCCUCAGCCAGCAAACUCGACCUAUCAUCCUCGCUGACACGAAUCGUGACGGCAUCGUCAACGAGGCGGAUGCCACGGAUAAGGCUUUUUGGACUCCGGCUCGCGGCGCCAUCUUCUUGCCCAAUGUUGGAGACUCCCUUCAUCGAUGUGCCAACAAGGAUCUUCAGGGCAACCCUUUGAGCAAUCAAGAACUUGUGUCCUGUCAUGACGCGUCCGGCCAUCUGCUUCUUGAGCCGGGCUUGAUCGCUCCCCUUGAGACUUUGCCGAUUGAAGUCUCAGAGGAUGCUUUUGCGUAUAUUUACGCUACUCCUGAGACGGCGGCUGACCGAGUCCGGCUUUUCGUUAACGAUUUCCCCUCUCUCUCCAACGAUACUUCAUCUUGGCGAUUCAUCGACCCUGAGUUCAUAUUCAACUCGACUCAGCUCAGAUCCGGUAUCGCCCUGGGAAUCGAUGGGCGAGAGUUCGUGAAGAACUCUUCCAAAUGGGACGGCAAGGUGAAGGUCCACUUCGACCUGUACAGCAACAGCACCAUCAUGUCGGAUGCCGUCGAGCUGAAGGUUGCCCCGGUUCUCACUCACCAUCAUCUUCAACGGGUGGAGACGCUCGUCAGCACUGCGGCCAACGACUCUGACCCCGUACAGCUCGAGUUCCUUCGACAACUUGACGAAGGACGCAAGGCUGCAGGACUUGAGAACCCCAUGUACCUCUUCAACCAGAGCAGCGAUAUCUGGGCUCAGGAUUUCAUCGAGCCCGCUUACGCAAGCAUGCCUGGCCCCAAUGGCCCUGUCUCGAUUCGGAUCAUGCUGCGAUCCGCUCAGUCAACUCGUACGGGCGGUCGUCAGAUCUUUGAGCAACUGCGUGGCAAGGGGGUUGGCGGUUUCCAGCCUGAAGGAGGUCGUCGAGGGUUCGGUCAUCUGGAGAUCAACUCUUUCGGAAACCUCGAGACCAUUCCCCCCUACACUUCCAAAAGCGGCAUCAAGUAUCCCGUUGGCAGGAUCAUACAAGGAAAGCACUUCGAGAAGAUGCCCGCAGAGUCUAUGUCAGCCUUCCUCCAAGGCCAGGAGUUGCAGAAGCCCCUCCUCUUGGAGACUGGCUGGCUUCUCAUUGGCCACGUGGACGAGUUUGUGCAGUUCGUUCCAUCCAACGACACAGGACUUGGUUUUACUAUUAGCAUCGCUGAUACCACCUCUGCUCUCGAGACCUUGCGGAACGCUUCUGCUGCAGGACACGGCGGUGUCCGCGCAAUUUCGUUUAACGGCAGUUUGGAUACCGCAUUCUCUGUUUCGGAAGAAGAGCUGGCGACGACCAUUGACCAACUCCUCGCCAAUGAAACAUUCCACCAGGUCAACGCCUACGCCCAAAGGCACAUCAACGCCAAUCUCGAGACUAUGCUUUCAGAGAUCCCCUUGGCCCGCGAACACGUCAUUCGCGUCCCGGUUCUCUUCAAGACACUCGGAAUGGGAGGUGGAUUCAGCCGUUCGAAUGACGGACUACCGUCGCACACUGACGAGGUGAUGAGGAAUGAGUUCCUCGUGGCUAGUUUCAGCCCAGCUGCCAUCAACGGUAUCGUGCUGGGAAAGCACUACCUGAGCCCGAAGCCUUGGGGUCCCAUCGUUAACGGUCAGGACUUGUUUGAGGAGAAGGUAAAGGAGGCGUACGCGAGGGCCGGUAUGGAUGUUGGGUUUGUGGACGACUUUCUGAGCCAUCAUGUUGGGCUUGGUGAGAUUCAUUGUGGAAGUAAUACACUCAGAGAGAAGGAUGUCAAGUGGUGGGAGUGA